AUGCCUACGAUAUGGCUUAAGUAUAUUCAAACUAUCACUGCGACAAAAAAAAGGGAAGGAGAAGAAAAGGCUUACGAAUAUGUCACAGAGGGUGAACAUGGACUAUUCCGAAUAAUACAUGAGAGAAAAGAAGCGCUGAUAACAUUAAUGAGGUAUAAGGAUGACGCGGAGCAAAAGCUGGAACAUUCAUGUAACCCAACAGUCAAGAAUUGUCAGAAUCUUUCCACAUUUACGGACACUAAACUCAACAAGUUAGGACAAAGACCGAGAUAUAGCCUUGGAGAAACAGCAUUGUCGAUGCUACGUAGCAAUCCAAAACUCUCAUCAGACGCACUUCGAAGCAAUCAACACUCGUCACAACUCACUAUAAGUAUAAGAAAGCCAAGUAUAUUUUACACUGAAGAUCAUUGGGAUAGCGAAUGUAACGUAUAUCCAACUGUUAAUAGCAGAAGGAAUCGCAUCAAAUUGCUAAAAAAUUGCCCUGUCUGUUUUAAAGACAGUCAUAACUACUCGAACAAUACAACUAAGGAAACUUUACUCUUAUGCAAGGAAGUAAAGGUUUUCAAUCCAACUCAGCUCCAACGACAAAAGAAGGCUUUAGCACUAUUUGACAUAGAAGUUGUCGCAUCAAUAGAAGUUAUCAGAAUCAGACAAACAAACUAUGGAAAUAACUCCAUUUGGAAUGAGGAAUCCAACUCUUUGCCCCACGGCUUCUACGCAACUGAGGGUGCAAACAAUGGAAAACGAUGUUAUUCGGUGUGUAAUGUACAGGAAUUGAGUUCAGGUUACAUUUUGGUACAAUCAAAGGUUGGCCUCAUGAUUGCCGGUAGUGGAGAUGUAAGUAAACUUUGUCAAAAUGAUAUUUCUUUACAAAAUUUGGUGUGUACCGCUAAGGAUAAUAUUAAUUCAGAACUAGAAAAAUUUUGGAGAUUAGAAUCAAUAGGAAUUCAAGAGUCAUCAAAUGAUAAUGAUGAUGAAGAAACUUUAAAAUGCUUUCAAAGAACGAAAAUUCACGAAAAAGGAUGGUCGUUAUCAUGUGUGCUGGCCUUGGAAGGAUUUUAA